AUGAACGAGGAGCGCGAGGAGCGCUCCAGCCGCGAGCCUGCCCCUGUGCAGCAGCACAAGUGCUUCGUGGGAGGCAUCUCCUGGCACCUGGACGACCACAAGCUCCGGGAGGCCUUCGCCGAGUUCAACCCCACCGACGCCGUGGUGAUGAUGGACAAGAUGACGGGCCGCAGCCGCGGCUUUGGCUUCGUGAUGUUCGGCGACAAACGCGACCAGGACGCCGCCAUCGAGGCGAUGCACAACACGGAGGUGGACGGCCGCCGCAUCUCGGUGACCAGGGCGCCUCGCGUUUCCUCAACCGGUCCCCUCUAUAGGGGUGGCGGCGGCGGCGGCUACGGCGGUGGCGGUUACGGCCGCAGCGACCGCGGGGGCUAUGGCGGCCGCGAGGACUACUACCGUGGCGGCGGCGGCGGCUACGGCCGUGAUGACUAUUACCGCGGCGGCGGCGGCGGCUACGGCGGCGGCGGUGCCGCCGGCUACGGCGCCGGCUACGACCAGCGUGGCGGCGGUGGCUACGGCGGCGGAGGCGGCUACGACGAUAGGUGGGGCGUUGCAGGGAUGCGCUGGGGGGGGUGA